AUGACCCUUUUGUAUCUCGUUGUACGAUAUGUUGCAAUAGGAUUUGUUGUGAUUAACACGUUGAGUAUUUCUCCUCGCAUGGGUUCUAUCUAUUUCUCGUCACGGGUGGCAUACAGUGAGCACUCCAACAAUUUCGACGACAGAUAUAGCCGUAUUAUCUACCAGGCAAUGGAUUGGACGGGCGAGGUUUUAGAAUUAAUGCUGGGUGUCAUCAUGAUUGCUCGGUUGCAUGCCAUGUAUCAGCGAUCCAGAAAGGUGCUGAUAUGUCUCGUUGUCACCUUUCUGGCCACCAGAAUCGCCAAUGCAGUGAUGCUCGCAAUGCAGAUGAUACAUAUUUCAGCGGAGGAAUUUGUUCUCUCGGGCACCUAUCAGUGCAUGAUUAGUUUUGCGGGAGAUUACAUAUUUCUGAGUUCCAUCACUUGGAUACUUGGCACUUUAUGGGAGGUCCUCGCACUGUGUCUUGUGGUCUGGAUUGCUGUAAAGCACUUCCAUGAACUGCGACAAUGCUCAACAAGAGGUAUCACUGAAGACUGUUUCACGGUGUUGAUGCAAACUCACGUUAGUUACUUUGCGAGCUUUUUUGCUAUUGCCUGCUUCCGCAUCGGUUCAUUAUCUCCAAUGCUCUCAGCGAACAAAUUGUCCCUGGCCAUUCAGAUUUAUUAUGGUUUUGCUCUCGUCUUUGAGAUGGCACAGUUAUCUGUGUUGGGACCACGCCUCAUCCUUGGCGUUCGGGAAUAUCAUGCAAAACUCGUGGCCGACUCUGAUGCAGCAACCGCUAUGACUUCAAUUGCUUUCCAGGAACACGACCAUGUGGAAACUAGCAGCAGCGUUUAGUGCAGGACAUUCUCGAUAUGAUUGUUUUACGAUGGGCGGGUAGUCUGCAGAGAUUGG